AUAAUGAAUUUCAAUGUGAUCGCGAAUAGAUUUCUCGGCUUAAUCCAAAAUGACAGGGAAAAUCCCUGGUUGAAAUGGAUUUUGCGAUUGCUGGCAUUGUCGACUGCCGUGUCCCCUGCUGGAUGGCCGACCUCUUUUCAGCUAAAAGAUGGCUACAAGUUUGACUUUAUCGUCGUUGGAGCUGGUUCGGGAGGUGCUACUGUUGCUGCCAGACUCAGCGAAGUCGGUCACUGGAAGGUGCUGCUACUUGAAGCAGGGGGCGAUCCUCCGCCUGGUAGUGUGAUACCAAGUUUGUUCGGGACACUUAUACACUCACAAUACGAUUGGGAUUAUGAUGUUGAACUCGAUGAGGGUACUGGGCAGAUCCAUGCCGAUGGAAAAGUUUACGUGGGUGGUGGGAAAAUGCUAGGAGGCUCCUCGUCAAGUAACCUAGAAGUUUACGCUCGAGGAGCACCAGAAGAUUUCGAAGAGUGGAACAAAAUUGCUCCAGGCUGGGACUGGGAUACAGUUUUGCAUUAUUACAAGAAGCUUGAACGCAUCACAGACUAUUCAAUUUUACAAGAUCCACAUAACGCAUAUUAUCAUUCAACCUCUGGCCCUGUUGCAGUAUCACGACCGAAAGCAAACAUGUAUUAUGAAAAAGUACACGACGAAGUUUUAAAUUCAUGGGAAGAAAUUGGUAUCAAAAGGCUUCCAGAGACAAAUGGGUAUGAAAUGAUAGGAGCAUCCAAACCGCAUUUUACUUUCUCAAAAGGCAGAAGAUCGAGCACUGCUGAGGCAUAUUUACGACCAACUAAAGAUCGACCAAACUUUUACGUUACAAAAUUUGCGAGAGUUACCAAAGUGUUAAUAGAUCCAUCGACUUUACGAGCCUAUGGCGUUAAAGUUUUGCUUCCAACGGGCGAAAUAAUAACACUGUAUGCUAAUAUUGAGGUAAUUCUAUCAGCCGGUACUAUAGGCACAUCAAAACUUCUUAUGCUCUCGGGGAUAGGUCCUCGUGAAGUAUUAUCACCAUUAAAUAUUGACACGAUAACCGACCUACCUGUUGGUAAGAAUUUACAAGAUCACCUAUUAAUAACUCUAGUUAUCAAAGGUCAAAAAGGUUUCCAAACGGCCGUUCAGAAUUUGCUGAUCCCUACUGAAUUGGAUGCGUUCCCAAUACCUUUACAAAACGGUUUCAUACGGCUCAACAGUUCUACGAGCCAGUAUUAUGGCAAAACGAAACCUCAUAUUCAACUGUUCAACCUUCGUAUUGGCGCUACUGCAGCUCCAGCUCUUUUGUUUGGCUGCAGAGUAGUAGCGAAUUUGGUUCAAGACUAUUGCUAUUCAGUGAGUAAAGCCAACGUUUAUCGGGAGAUAGAUCUUACAAAUAUGAUUCUUCUGCAUCCCAAAUCGCGGGGUCAAGUGAAAUUGAGAAGCAGCAAUCCUUUAGAUGAUCCGUUGGUAGAGAUAGGAUAUUUUAGGAACGUUAAAGAUAUUGCAAUAAUGGUAGAGACUAUAAAAUAUAUGAUGCGGGUGGUAGAAACAUCGUACUAUAGGAAAGUCGGUGCGGAGGUUGCGAGAUUGAGCGUAAAAGGUUGUGACGGCCUAGCUUAUGGAACUGAUGAGUACUGGGCAUGUUAUGUUGUUAAUACUGUCAGUUCACUAGCGCAUCCCGUUGGAACGUGUGCGAUGGGGCCAGACGGAGUAGUGGAUGAACGGUUAAGAGUUCAUAACAUCAAAGGCUUGCGGGUCGUUGACGCAUCGGUUAUGCCGCUAAGUCCAAGUGGGAACACGAAUGCACCAACUAUGAUGAUAGGUGAAAAAGCAGCAGACAUGAUUAAGGAAGACCACAAUGAACCUACCGAACCUAUAAACAACAAAGAUCAGAAUACGAACGAAUAUGAACAAAUCGACGAUUAUUAUUAA